AUGAACAGCUUGGUGGCUACACCACCUGUGCCUCCUCAUCACUUUUACGAAUACUCCCGUCCUUCUCCCUCCCGUCCAAUGUCUACCCCCAUUCACACUCCCAACAACCGCAAACGGAAAGCCGACGAUGAGAAUGAUCACGAUGGUCGAAUGUCAGCAUCACCUACCAACUCUCCCGCCUUGACCCCGAGAACCCUUCCAGUCAACCGAAACAUCAAGCGUGCUCGUCCGAAUGUUAGCGGACGGCCUCUCGCUCUCCCCCGACUGCUGGAGACCUUGGACACAGACGCUCUUCGGGGCAUCCUUCGGACCGUGUGUGAGCGUCAUCCAGGUUUGGUUGAUGAAGUGGUGCACACAGCACCUCGACCCAGCGUGGCAUCUGCCCUUCAAGUCCUUCGACAUUACGAAUCUGCCCUUCAGUCGUCGUUCCCGCUCGGUGGCAACUCCGAAUCAGAUUAUGCAUACAAUCGUGUCCGACAACCGCUGGGGAAUCUUCUAGAUGCUCUGAGCGACUUCACUCCACAUUUCCUACCACCUCACGAGACGCAGUCGUCUGUUUCCUUGAGUUACCUGGAUGGUGCGACCGACAUAAUUCACGCACUGCCCCGUUGGAGUACACCACAGAACAACCUCGAGCGGGAUUCUGCAUACGAUGAGAUCUGCAAGGCUUGGAUUUUGGUGAUUCGGGAAGCAGCCAAGCGUGGUGGUGGAAUUCAGUUACAAUACGGUGGUUGGGAUCAGAAGUUGGCGAAGCACAAUCACAACUCGGGCGGUAAACUGCAGGCAGCCGUCAACGAGCUUGGUUCCAGUUUGGGAUGGAUGCACAGACCGGAUGCCCAAGGUUAUGGAAGCCCAGGCGGCAAUGACCUUGGGUCCAUCCGGGAGCAACUCCUGUCGGGCACAUACGGGCUCGGUACCCCCGUCAAGGUUGGGCCAUGGUGA